AUGGGCUGCGGUUGGCUAAGGAUGCUGACGACUGUGGUGCUCCUGGCAGCGGUUAUAGUAACCGCCAGUGCCAUUGGAUGCGACGAGGCUCUAGGGAAGGUGCAACCUUGCGUGAUUUUCGUGGUUGGCACGGGCGGCGAGACACCGGCCCCCAAGUGCUGCUCAGGGGCACAGCUGCUGGACAAGAUAGCCGCCAACUCGCCGGCAGACAAGAAGGCUUUGUGCGAGUGCCUUAAGCAGUUUGCCCAGACCUUCCCUGUCAACAGCUACAGAGCCAGCCAACUUCCCAUCCUCUGCCACCUUACUACCAAUCUGACCCUAAGCCCCGACCUUGAUUGCAACAACUGA